ACUCGCCGCGAUGAUUCCGAUGUCUCUUGUGCUGGUGGUGAUGGGCGGGUGGACUGCGGUCUACCUGAUGGACUUGGUGUUGAAGUCGUCUGUCAAUUUUAAGCAUUCCUAUGAAGACUGGCUGGAAAACAACGGGUUGAACAUCUCCCCUUUUCACAUAAGAUGGCAAACUGCUGUUUUCAAUCGUGUGUUUUACAGUUGGGGAAGGCGGAAAGCGAGGAUGCUUUACCAGUGGUUCAAUUUUGGAAUGGUGUUUGGAGUGAUUGCCAUGUUUAGUUCUUUUUUCCUCCUUGGAAAAACUCUAAUGCAGACUUUGGCACAAAUGAUGGCCAACUCUCCCUCUAUUUAUUCUUCUUCAUCCUCCUCCUCAUCUUCUUUGUCCUCUUCCUCUUCUUCCUCCUCUUCCUCCUCUUCCUCUUCUUCCUCCUCUUCCUCCUCCUCUUCAGUUCACAGCGAGCAGAUGCUACAAGUUGUGGUCCCGGGUAUAAAUUUACCCGUCAACCAGCUGACCUAUUUCUUUGCUGCAGUCCUGAUUAGUGGUGUUGUACAUGAGAUUGGACAUGGAAUGGCAGCUAUUAGGGAACAAGUUCGAUUCAAUGGCUUUGGAAUUUUUCUCUUCAUUAUUUAUCCUGGAGCAUUUGUUGAUCUGUUUACUACUCAUUUACAACUUAUAUCACCAGUCCAGCAACUAAGGAUAUUUUGUGCAGGUAUCUGGCAUAAUUUUGUCCUUGCACUCUUGGGUAUUUUAGCUCUUAUUCUCCUCCCAGUAGUUCUCUUGCCAUUUUACUACACUGGAGUUGGAGUGCUUAUUACUGAAGUUGCUGAGGACUCACCUGCCAUUGGAGCCAGAGGCCUUUUUGUGGGAGACCUUGUCACCUAUCUGCAGGAUUGUCCUGUUACCAAUGUGCAAGAUUGGAAUGAAUGUCUAGAUACCAUCGCAUAUGAGCCUCAGAUUGGAUACUGUAUAAGUGCAUCAACUUUACAACAACUAAGCUUCCCUAUAAGAGUGUACAAACGACUAGAUGGUUCCACUGAAUGUUGUAACAAUCACAGCCUCACGGAUGUGUGCUUUUCCUACAGAAAUAAUUUUAAUAAACGUUUGCAUACAUGUCUACCAGCUCGGAAAGCAGUGGAAGCCACUCAAGUCUGCAGAACCAAUAGAGAUUGUAAAAAAAGCUCAAGCUCAAGUUUCUGUAUUGUACCUUCUUUGGAAACUCACACUCGCUUAAUUAAAGUGAAGCACGCACCUCAAGUUGAUAUGUUGUACAUAGGACAUCCACUGCACCUCAGCGACGCAGUGAGUAUCACCAGUUUUAUUCCACGUUUCAACUUCCUAAGCAUAGAUCUGCCUGUGAUUGUAGAGACUUUUGUCAAGUACCUGAUUUCACUCUCCGGAGCUCUGGCUAUUGUUAAUGCAGUGCCCUGCUUCGCUUUGGAUGGACAGUGGAUUUUAAACUCUUUCCUGGAUGCCACUCUGACCUCAGUGUUUGGAGAUAGUGAUGUCAAAGAUCUGAUAGGAUUUUUCAUCUUGCUUGGGGGAAGUGUGCUUUUGGCUGCCAACGUGACCCUGGGACUCUGGAUGGUUACAGCACAGUAAUAUUUCCAAUCUUCCAGCAGAAUCUCUGAGUUACAGUGUACAACUGUAUGGUAAUAUUUCUUGCCAUGCAAACUUUCCUUGGUAUGAAAUAUAAAGUAUUUUUUUCCAUUUACAUGUUAUCUGACAACUUUGAGCUCCUCAUAUGUCCAGAGUAUACAAACACUGGGGUAGGGAUAAACAUAGGAAAUGGAAGGCAUAAUCCCUGACUACCUUCCAGUUUUGAAGACUGAACAUACACACCAGAGGCUUUUAGAACAAUUUCCUGCUGGGUGAAAAUUUAUGUAAUACCAUUUUUCUUGACUAUAUAUCUUGUUGAAAUAGUGUAAAGGAGAACAGAAAUGAGUAGAAUUAAUAGAAAAAAAAUCUUCUUGAAAAGUUUUCAGCAGUUUUUGGGAAAAAAAAAAAAAAACUUCAUCAAUUAGAAUUUGAAGGAAACCAAUUCUGGCCAGAUGGAAGAGUGAGUGUUUUCUUGGCCUAUAUAUCUUGUCCUUUUCCUUGUUGGAAAAGUGUUUUUAAAUUUAAUGGUAUAUUAUUUUAUACUUUGAAAAUUGGAGUCUGGUUGCAAUUAAAUUAAUAAAACUCAAUAAAGAAUCUGCCAGUGUGAAAAGGAAAAUAAAUAAAGAAGUAGGACCAGUGAUAACAGGAAAUAUAUUUUGCCCCAUAAGAGAUGCAUCUUUGAUAAUGUAUAUUCAUGCCCUCAUGAGGCAGCACUAGCUUUUACAUUCAGAGUGGACUCCAAGUAAGUGUCUCAUGCCUGCAGCAUGUAAAAUGAGGUUGUAAUGGCUGAGCUGCAGAACUGAGCCAGGUCUUCUGACAGAUCACAGGUGUCUCUGUUGGUUACCAGUCUCUAUAGGGCUUUGAAGUUUGGAACCCUUCCAAGGCAUACUGUAUACCUUUUCAGUUGUGUUGCUGAGGCCUUAUGGAAUAUAGCUCUUGGGUUCCUGUCUUCAGGAAGGAACCACUUUAAGCCCUGAUGCAUGUACUGUCCUCACCAGGUGCCCCCGCAUUACACUAUGCUGAAUAACUAAACACCUAGCCCUUGCUUUUUUUCUUUCCCCUAAGCUUACCCUGUGAGUUCACUGACGACUUUGUAGCACAGUCAAAAUGGCUGGCUACACAUGAAUACAAAUGUGGGCUUGCCAGAGCUUGGAACUGACUAAAGCCCAAAAGAAACCCAUCUGCUUCCAGAUAUUUUGGAAUUGAGAUAGCACCUGGAAAUUUAGAAAGUUGAUAGGACUUUGUAAAGACAUUGCUAUUAGAAGUGUAUGAGCAUGCUAAUUCUUUGCACAAAACUUCUCAUAUUCACUGAAGAAGUGACAAAAGGCAGUAUUCAUUGACAGCUAUCCAAGUGAGAUAUUUCAUGGAGUUACUAUUUUCAGAUCAUUGAGUUGCUUUGUGAGCAUUAAGUCUACAUAAAAAAAAAUAUAUUAUUUUGCUUUAAGUGAAUGUUUACAAGUCAAGUAGUCUCUCAUACAACAAUUUAUAUAUACCUUGCUAUAUACUCUUAUACUAUAUACUGUAAUGAGGCAUCACACUCAUUCUCUCCACCUUCUGUUUCCGUGUCCACUCAGCCAACUUCUGACCCCCUCUGCCCUUUCAUCUCCACUUCAGACAGGAGCUGCCCACAGUGUCAUGUGUCUACUUCAUCCAAGAAGCUCACUCCUCACCAGUAUCAUUUUAUGUCUUAUAGUCUAGUCUAAUCCCUGUCUGAAGAGUUGGCUUUGGGAAUGGUUCCUGUCUUGGGCUCAGAGAAGGUCUGGGACCAUGACUCUGGGGUCCUUCUGGUGUAAGUCAGACCAUUAAGUCUGGUCUUUUUAUGAGAAUUUGAGAUCUACAUCCCACUGUUCUCCUGCUCCUUCAGGGAUUCUCUGUCGUGUUUCCUGUCGGGGCAGUCAUUGGUUGUAGCUGGGCACUGUCUAGUUCUUCUGGUCUCAGGCUGAUGUCCUGUCUGAUUUAUGUGGCCCUUUCUGUCUCUUGGGCUCAUUAAUUACCUUGUAAAUCUACGUUUUUAAGAAAAUCUUUUAAAAUAUUAGUACAAAUAUGCUUUUCUUCUUAAAUAAUAAUUAUAUGGUGGAUAUAAUUUUAACUUUUUAUUAGUGACUCUGGAUCAUCAGUUCAUACCAGUGCUAAUUAUUAACCAGAUAAAUUGUUGGUUCAUUUCGGGAAAAUAUGACAUUUGUUCUAACAUUUGGUAGAUGGUCAUUUGUGAUCAGAUUUUAGUAGCAUAGUAUUUUCCAAGUUUGUUCAGGUAAUAAAGGUAGGAUAUGUCAUGCGAUACCUAUGUAAUCCUAUUUCAUUAACUUAAAGCAGUUUUCUAAUAAAAAUGCUGCCUAUAUCUAAGUCAAUGUUUUAAAAUUUAAGAAAAAAUUUUAUACAUUAGCUGUUGUUUGUUUCUGUCCCCACCCCCCGAAAAAAACCCGCGUGUUACCUCAGUAUUGCUUAUUCUAAACACAUUAGUCUGUUUAAUCCAUAGAAUCGGGGUUCAGGAAUGACUGCACUAUAAAAUUGAGCAGGUCAGUAUCAUUUGUAUAGAAAUGGCAGCAUUGCAUAAGAAAGGAAAUGUGGGCUUGCUCCUUCAGCUUCAUUAUAACAAGGACCAUAUCAUAUUCGUGUUUAUAUUCUUGGCACAGUACAGGAAAUGUAAGUGCUCAAUAAAUGUGGCUGAAUUGUGUAUUGUUAGUGUUGUUUAUGGAACAGAAAAGCAUGUUUCUGUUCAAUUAUUACUGAAUAUUUGCUAUAAAUGUAUGUUAAUGUAAAAAAUAAUUUGAAGGUGUUUGUUCCCCUAGUGUAUUAUCUUUUUUUACAGAAAUAAUCCAUUUUGGUUUCUGCACAGUGAUUAGGACAAUGAACUACUUUGGGGAUUUAAGAAAGUAUAUUGUUACUUAACAAUAAAAUGUUAUUCUCAGCACUGUUUACAUU